AUGGUCGUGGGAUUUUCACUUCCCUUCGAAUUUGAAACAGUUGUGACUGGGGAAGAAUGGAACAUGAGGGAGGAAGACACCUUUGAGAAUAUCAAAAUUUUGAGGUUGGAUGAAGUGACUCUUACUAAGUGGAAAGUUGAAGACGAAUCUUUUCCCGUUCUUGAGAAAUUAUAUCUGUUGGAAUGUGACAAGCUUGAGGAGAUUCCGCCUAGAUUUGGGGAUAUUUGUUCGUUAAAAGUUAUCAAACUUGUAGAGAGCCCUCAACUUGAAGAUUCUGCUAUGAAGAUUAAGGAGGAGACGAACUUCAGACUCAUGUCUUUGAAUUUAAGCCAUUCUACCACUCGAAUUCCUAAUCUUGGCAAGAUGAGCAGGCACUCUUACAAAUUGCAGCGGCUGUGGAUAUGUGGUUUUAAAAAAUUGAUAUGUGUUAUUCUGGGAGGAAUUAUUUUUGCUCUUCGCAAGGACAUUGUGGAUGUUCUGGAUUUCCUAGAGAGAUUAAAGAAUGAGAAAAAUAAAAAAGCUCUUGAUGUGGAUCAAGUUGAAAAGCUGAAAUCGGAGCUGGCAUUUAUUUGUACAUAUGUCCAGCUUUCUUAUUCCGAUUUGGAGCUGUUUGGAUAUGUAAUGCUUACCAAAGGACAAAAGGUUGAGAAUCUGCUUCGAUCAAUUUUGUAUGAUGUUGAAAACAACGUUGGGUGUAAAUACGACAUGCAUCAUGUCCUUAAUAGCCUCAGGGACAAUAUCAAUCAUUGUAUCAGCUCACAUCAUCAUUCUAAAUCAAGUGCCACCAUGCUUGAGGAGCAGUUGAAUUUCCUCCUCCCGAAUCUCCAUCAUCUAUCCAAGUUUCUUGCUGAGCAGAAUCCAUUAGUGACUCAGUAUGAGAUUCUUCAGAAUGUUUGUGGCAACGUAAGAGAUUUCCAUGGAUUGAUAGUGAAUGGUUGCGUUGAGCACGAGUUGGUUGAAUAUGUCUUACCUCAGUUUCAACUCAAGGCUGAGAGAGUAGGACACUUCCUUUGGGAGGAUCAGAUUGAUGAUCUGACUUAUGAUAGAGACUCUCGACUCUUCAUUCUAGCACAUCUACUCUUGAAGAUUGUUCCAACUGAACUGGAGGUUAUGCACAUAUGUUAUACAAAUUUGAAAGCUUCAACUUCAGCAGAAGUUGGUUGCUUCAUUAAGAAGCUCCUGGAAACCUCUCCGGACAUUCUCAGAGAAUAUUUGAUUCAUCUACAAGAGCAUAUGGUAACUGUUAUUACCCCUAGCACUUCAGGGGCUCGAAACAUUCAUGUCAUGAUGAAAUUCCUAUUAAUUAUUCUUUUUGAUAUGCCCAAGGACUUUAUUCAUCAUGACAAAUUAUUUGAACUCUUGGCUCGUGUUGGAGCACUUACCAGGGAGGUAUCAACUCUUGUACGCGACUUGGAAGAGAAAUUAAGGAAUAAAGAGGGUAACAACCAAACAAAUCAUGCAACCCUAGACUUGCUGGAAAAUAUUGAACUCCUCAAGAAAGAUCUCAAACACGUUUAUCUGAAAUCCCCGGAUUCAUCUCAAUGUUGCUUCCCCAUGAGUGAUGGACCUCUCUUCAUGCAUCUUCUACACAUACACUUAAAUGAUUUGUUAGAUUCCAAUGCUUAUUCAAUUGCUUUGAUAAGGGAAGAAAUUGAGCUGGUGAAACAAUACCUAGAAUUCAUAAGAUCGUUCUUGGUGAAUGUUGAACAAGAAAUGUAUAACGAUCUUUGGGCACGUGGUUUAGAUGUGGCAUAUGAGGUAAAAGAUGUCAUUGAUUCAAUUAGUGUUAGAGAUAAUGGUCUCUUACAUCUUAUUUUCUCACUUCCCAUUACCAUAAAGAAGAUGAAGCUUAUCAAAGAAGAGGUCUCUAAUUUACAUGAGAAGAUUCCCAAGAACAGAGAUCUCAUCAUUGUGAACUCUCCCAAGAAACCAGUUGAGAGAAAGUCAUUGACAACUGAUAAAAUAAUUGUAGGUUUUGAGGAGGAGACAAACUUGAUACUUAGAAAGCUCACCAGUGGACCGGCAGAUCUAGAUGUCAUUUCGAUCACUGGCAUGCCGGGUUCAGGUAAAACUACUUUGGCCUUCAAAGUAUACAAUGAUAAAUCAGUUUCUAGCCAUUUCGACCUUCGUGCAUGGUGCACGGUCGACCAAGGAUAUGACGAGAAGAAGUUGUUGGAUAAAAUUUUCAAUCAGGUUAGUGACUCAGAUUCAAAAUUGAGUGAGAAUAUUGGUGUUGCUGAUAAGCUACGGAAACAACUCUAUGGGAAGAGGUAUCUUAUUGUCUUAGAUGACUUGUGGGAUACUACUACAUGGGAUGAGUUGACAAGACCUUUUCGUGAAGCUCGGAAAGAAAGUAGAAUUAUUUUGACAACUCGAGAAAAGGAAGUGGCUUUGCAUGGAAAGCUCUACACUGCUCCUCUUAACCUUCGAUUGCUAAGACCAAAAGAAAGUUGGGAGUUAUUAGAGAAAAGGGCAUUUGGAAACAAGAGUUGCCCUAAUGAACUAUUGGAUGUUGGUAAAGAAAUAGCCGAAAAUUGUAAAGGGGUUCCUUUGGUGGUGGAUCUGAUUGCUGGAGUGCUUGCUGGGAGGGAAAAGAAAAAGAGUGUGUGGCUUGAAGUCGUAAAUAAUUUGCAUUCCUUUAUUUUCAAGAAUGAAGUGGAAGUGAUGAAAGUUAUAGAAAUAAGUUAUGACCACUUACCAGAUCACCUGAAGCCAUGCUUGCUUCAUUUUGCAAGUAACCCGAAGGACAAUGCAACGGCAAUCUAUGAGUUGAAAGCUGUAUGGGUUGCUGAAGGGUUUGUGGAAAAGAUGGAAAUGAAGAGUAUGGCAGAAGUGGUGAAGAUUUAUUUGGAUGACUUAAUUUCCAGUAGCUUGGUAAUUUGUUUCAAUGAGAUAGGUGAUAACCCGACUUACCAACUUCAUGAUCUUGUGCAUGACUUUUGUUUGAUAAAAGCAAGAGAGGAAAAGUUGUUUGAUUUGAUAAGUUCAAGUGCUCCAUCAAAUUACCAUUAUUAG